AUGGACCCCCCGCUGCCCCCUCCCGGCGCAACGGACGUCUUCUCCAUCUCCGACCAGACUCUGGCGCAGAAACUGCACUUUGUCAACGAGAUCGGCUUUGGAAAUUGGGGGAGUGUAUGGUUGUGCCGGCCACGAAGCGGCCACGACAAGUUAUCGGACGCGAAAGUCGCGGUCAAGCUCGUCCAUCGCAACAAGAGUAAGACAGCAUCCGCUCGCGUAGGAUCCUUAUGGAAUGAGAUGAAGAUCGUCCGCUCCUUCAAUGACGACCCCCAUCCAUCUAUCGUUCCUUUUUACUCAUUUAUUAUCACCCCAUCUUACGCAUUGAUAACCAUGGCGUACUUGCCUCGGCUUAUACCCGUGGAAUUGCCCGAGUCACGUGCUAAGCCCUGGAUGCAGUCGCUUCUGUCAGGCAUCGUCUAUCUGCAUAAACGGGGCGUGGUUCACAAUGAUAUCAAGCCAGCCAAUAUUCUUCUUUCUGAGACUAACGUGCCAACACUUGUCGACUUCGGCUUUGCAGAGCAGUAUAACCCCAAAUCUUCGGAAGCGUUCAUCAGCUCCGUGAGCUAUGGCACACCAGAGUAUUUAUCCCCCGAACGCGCGCGAGGCCUUAAGCAUGAUACACGCAAGUCCGACGUCUGGUCACUCGGGAUAACAUUUUUUGAGCUCCUGGUGGGCCGGACUCCCUUCGAGUACGAAGAAGGGGAGCAAUUUAGUACGAAGACUGAGCUUGAAGCCUAUUGGGGACGUACUAUACGCGGAAAGUGGGUUGGACAAUGGAACAUCAGUUCCGGUGUUGAGAGCAUGCUCCGACGUAUGCUUGCACCCAAUGCGGAUCUCCGUUGCACGGCCGUCGGCGCAUUCCAAGAUCCUUACUGGUCUCAAGAACUCCAGGAUGUUAGUCAAAGAACAACGAAUAAAGUGGCACACAGCAAGUAA